AUGGGAGGAUUUUUUUCUGGGUCUCAGCAUGUUGUUCCUCUUCGUCGGUGCUUAUGUACUCGGAGGUGGCUUUUGAGACUUAAAGCAAGAGGUGCCGGCUGUACCAGUGGAUCAUCUCGGGGAGAGCUCGGAAGGGGGGUCCUGUUCGGGACUCUCAGGUGGCUCUACCCAGUCCUUCAUGAUGACUGCGAACGGACGGCCGGGCUGGUUGGCCUGAAGGAGCAGGUCUUCUUUGUCGGCCAUGACUGGGGAGCUAUGAUUGCCUGGAACCCAACCUCAGAUCUAGAGGAAGGCUUCAGAGCUUCGUUUGGUAAUGAUUAUUACUUUUGCAGGUUUCAGGAACACGGAGAAGCUGAAGAAGAUUUCGCUUGUGCCGAUACCGCAACAUUAAUGAAGAAGUUCUUUUCUAUAUUUGGUCCAAAUCCUCCCUAA